AUGAAACUUUUAAUAUUUGUAUUCUUUUUAUCUUUUUCUUUUAUAUUGGUAUCAUCUGGUAGAUACCACAACUAUAUAUUCCCAUCCGAAUCAGAACAAUAUGUUAGUCAUAUAGAAAAGAUGUUUCAACAAAAGAAUCAACACCCACUGAAACAAUUCCAAUCUAAAUUGGUAGAGCUUAUCCAGAUGAUUGAACCUAUGGUCGCAUCGAUGGGAUCCGUUGGAAAUGCCAUGGGUGAUGGUGCAGGACACGAUUGGGUAAACGAACAAUACUGGCGAAACUUUCAGGAUGUCGUUAAUAGAGCACCACCAAGAUCGGCCGGUGGAUAUGUCUACGAUACAAAAGCAACUCCAGAUCCCAACGUUUUGAGUCAACCAUGGAAUAACCGUCCAUCGCCAUUCUCAAUCAACACCUGGGAAGAGGUUCAUUCUGCCGGUCAGAUGUUGUCACCAUGGUUCUUCCGUGAAGGCUCCUUGUUGGAUCCACGUUUAGCUCCACAACCGAAACCAGCCGCCAAUCACGGUGAAGUUGCCAACGAUUUUACAUGGCAACACUCAGAGGGUGGCGACGACAACACAGUAAUGAACCAAGCUCCAACAACUGCAACUUCAACAUCAUGA